AUUGGAGUACUCUAGUAUUUCUGUUGGAGGUAGUUUAGUAUUUCUUUGUUAAAUCUAUCUUAAAGAGUUGCUAAAUCAGUAAAUUUGGCUAGUCUUUUUUCCUUAAGAAACACUUCACAUUUUAAUGAAUAAAAGUUGUCACAUUCUAAUCAAUCUUUGACCGCCAAAUUUGGAUUCGCAAUCCAACUUAUGGAAGUCUUAUAAAAAAAUCGGUUUCUGUAAUUUAUCUGGAAUUUCUUAUGGAAAUAUUAUAAAAAAUUGGUUUCUUUAAUUUAUAAUAUGGAAUUUAUUUUAUGAAAAGACUGUUUAACCCACUGCCCUGCCUUUAAUCGAGUAGCCGUUUAGGAAGAGGGAAUGAAGCUCCCGUCGUGGCUCACCGCCGUGCCGCCGGACCCUCGGGCGUACGGCCACCUCAUCCAGCUCUGCGCGGACUCCGGCCACCUCGCCGCCGGCCGCCAGCUCCACGCCCGCCUCAUCGCUCUCUCAGUUACGCCGUCCAACUUCCUCGCCUCCAAGCUCAUCUCCCUCUACUCCCGCACAGGACGCCUUGACGACGCACGCAGGGUGUUCGACGCCAUCCCGCGUCCCAGCGUCUUCGCCUGGAACGCCAUCCUCAUUGCACUCUCGCUCCACUCGCCCGAUCCCUCCGCCGCGGUGCGCUUCUUCGCCGCAUCCGGCAUCUCUCCCGACGAGAUCACGCUCUCUGCGCUCCUCAAGUCGCUCGCCGAGUCCGGACCGAGGUUGUCUGCACUCGUCGCCGCGGAGUUUCACGCCGUCGCGGUCCAGCGCGGCUUUGGGGACGACCUGUUCGUGUCCAAUGGUCUCAUCACCGCGUACGCGAACGCCGGAGAUUCGCGCUCUGCUCGCGCGGUAUUUGACAAAAUGCCGCAGCGAGACGUGGUGUCCUGGAACUCGUUGAUAUCUGCUUACGCUCGUGCAGGGUGGUACCGGGAGUGCCUGGAGCUAUUUCAGGAGUUAGCGAGCGUUCAUGGUGCUGGUGGUGUUAGACCCAACAGCGUCACCGUGGCUAGCAUAUUGCAUGCUUGUGCGCAGCUCAAGGCUAUCGAUUAUGGGGUAAGAGUGCAUCGCUUUGCUGCCGAGAAUGGGCUUGAUAUGGACGUCGCAGUGUGGAACUCAACAGUUGGGUUUUAUGCCAAAUGUGGAAAAUUGCAGUAUGCAAGAGAGUUGUUUGAAAGGAUGCCCAAGAAAGAUGCAGUCAGUUACAGUGCCAUGAUUACUGGUUACAUGAACCAUGGGCAUGUCGACAAGGGAAUGGAGCUAUUCCAGCGAUCAGAUGCUCAAGGUAUCAGCAUUUGGAAUGCAGUGAUUGCUGGAUUGGUUCAAAAUGGUCGCCAGUCUGAAGUGCUUGGACUACUGAAUGAGAUGAUUGGUUCUGGAAUUCUACCCAAUUCAGCCACACUUUCAAUCAUCAUUCCUUCAGUUCAUUUGUUCUCCACCCUACUGGGAGUGAAGCAAGCACAUGGGUAUGCGAUCAGAAACAACUAUGAUCAGAGUAUUAGUGUUGUGACUGCAUUGAUUGAUGCUUACUCAAAGGCUGGAUUUCUUGAUGGGUCUCUGAGGGUCUUUAAAUCAACUGGUGAUAGAAGCAAAAUUGUAUGGACAUCAAUCAUAUCCGCUGUUGCGGCUCAUGGAGAAGCUGCAGAGGCAUUGUGUCUGUUCAAUGAGAUGGCCAAUGCUCGCAUCAGACCGGAUACCAUAGCCUUCACUGCUGUGCUUACAGCUUGUGCUUAUACUGGCAAGGUAGCUGAUGCGCGUAAAGUUUUUAACUCCAUGCAGGUUUUGUUUGGUAUCAAUCCAGUGAUGGAGCAAUACGCCUGCAUGGUUUCUGCAUUCAGCCGUGCAGGAAUGCUAAAGGAUGCACUUGAGCUUGUCAACAGCAUGCCAUUUGAACCAAAUGCAAAGGUCUGGGGUCCAUUGCUUAACGGAGCAGCAGAAUUUGGUGAUGUUGAGCUUGGUAGAUUUGUAUUCGAUCGACUAUUUAUAAUUGAGCCUAAGAACACCGGUAAUUACAUUGUGAUGGCAAAUUUGUACUCAAAUGCUGGCAAAUGGGAAGAAGCUGAGAUCAUAAGGAGCAUGAUGUGGGGAGUUGGGUUGGAGAAGGUUCCUGGGUGUAGUUGGAAUUGAGGGGUUUCAGUGAUCUGCAUGCUUUGUUGCUGCAUAUACAUCAAGCAAGCGUGCCACAAAGCCAUGUGGUUGUUGAUGGAUUAAUUGAUCUGAAUUAUAUAAAAUAGUUUGUGCACAGCCAGUGUUAGAUGAAGACAAGUUUUGUUGAUGGCAUUCAAAAGAUCUAAUAGUUGAGAUGUGAUUAUCAUGCUUGAGAGCACACCUGACUUCUAGAGCUAUUUGGACCACAUCAUUUCACUCUCAACUGUGUGGCUGGUCGUAUUGAUUUGAUUGAUUAACUAAUGUAGGCCCAAUACGCAUAAGAAUUCAAACCAAUGAGAGCAACAUUCCAUGACCUUCUUAUCUUUACAAGGUGAUAGCUUCCGAAACAACAGAAGAUUCUGUGAAUGUAAAAACUUUGGAAGCAGUAGCAAUCUAAUUUGGAUUUUCAGGAUCUGCAGGCAUAAGCUGAAUCCCAGUCCUAGAUGGAGCACCAAAUAAGCUACAUGCAGAAGGCUAUUCACUGCAUCAACAGAAGUUGCUCUAGUGACAGAUGAAGUUUUCAAUCUCUACAGUGUGGGAACACCAUAGCUUUUAUGUAACGAUGUAGAAUACAAUGCAUAUUUCUACAGUCUAUCAUGCUUUUCUGAGCAUAUUGUUCUCUCUAUUAAAUCAAAUGCACAGACUACUUCGCUUGUCCCUUAGACCCCACCCUAUUCUGGCAUUAGAAUCAGAACUGCAUGGAGCUAGCACAACAAGAUCUGUCUUUUUGUGCCCUUGUGUGUGUGGAUCAGGGUUCACAUGCUUAGAUCAUUCUACUUCACUACUUCCCAGCUCAUGAACUCCAAAAAGGAAAAGCACGCAUGUAGACAUGUAGUUCUCUGAUUUGUACCAUAGGUUGUUCUGGCCUCACUGCUAGAUAUCCAUGACUCUUAUUUCGUUGUUCCCAGGUUCAUAUGCUCAUCACAGGCUGCACAGAUGUGGCAAUAUGAUAAUGUUUCUGGUGGCAUCCUUGAUGAGUUGAUGUGAAGCGUUCAGCCUUACAAUCUUGACGUGUGGUGGUCCAGCUCACUCUGGAGCCUUGGAGUUCAAGUGAAGCUAACGGCAUCAGUGGACAAGGAGGCGGUGUCGUCUGUGCAUUGGCUUUGGCUGGCCUGCGCGCGGACGCGGAGCACCGGCAUGGGCUGUGUGUGCUUGCAUUCACUUGCCGGAGAAGCGCCGCGGCCAUCAUCGUUCGUCGCUCUCCCAGAUCAGCAAUGAUGGUCUUUGGUACCGCGCGCUGUAAUCAUGUGGGGAAAAAAAAGAGAGACGUGGACCCCCAAGUAGAAGGAUACUUCUGCGCUGCAGUACCUAGAAGUUACCGUUCCCAGUGGAACAGUUUUUGACUGCACGAAGCUUUAAGCCUAACCAUGGCGUCAAGACUCAAGACCUUCCAGUUCGAGGCCUGGCCUCCAGUGGCAGCAGCACGAGGAGGCGAGGACCCAAUACUGUGGACCGUACGGGGCCUGGCAUGAUCCCAGGGGGAAAUGUCGCAGCUUACUGUCGGUUUUCCUCGUGCCAAUUAUUCGCGCAUUAUUCUUGGCUGUUGAGCUCGUGGGUGAAGGAAUUAUUCUUGGCUGUUAAGCUCUGGCUCGUCGGUGAAGGAAUUUUCGUACGGUACAAGAACGGCAGCAGCAGGAGCUCAUGCGGCACGAGGAGAAUCUUAAGUAGGUUCACAAACGGCUCACGCUUCACAAGCAUGGACGGUGCCGAAUGCCAAUAAUCUCCGUCCACCACGUCUCCAGCCAAUUCCUCUCUGCAUUUGACAUGGCAGGUCAGUCAGAGGUCAGUUCCCGUUAACUAUAUAUCAUAUAUGCUUUGUUUCACCAAACUCUGCGUGCUUAUACUGUUCGUUAGCACAUUAUUCUUUAGAGAAUACUAUUUGGUAGUAUAUUUGAGAAUCCACAUGCGAGCAGGGACAGCUCAAGUGUCAUUGUUAUCGCUGCGCCAUCUUGUCGGUUCUCUCCCCGAUUCAGGUCACUUCAGUUCGGUUCAAAUCGCGGGGAGCAGCACAGUCAGCUCGUGAGGCAUGCAGCGCGACAAGGACGCUCUACGCGAUUUUUGUCCUGGUAUCAUGGUACAUGCUACUACGUGCACUCGUUCGUCUAGAUGUACUGUAUUUUUUAUGUAAAAGAAACAAACGAGAAGUCGGUGGUGGCUGCCAGGCAUUCUUUUCAGGCGCUGCUAAAAACCACGAGGAAAAGAAAAUUCAGCAAGAGGACAGCAGGAGGGCUGGGCGGCCGGCUGGGGUCGAAGUCGAACAGCAGCAAGCGGGUUGAAUGUUGAAUGAACGAGCCAGACAGCCAGCAGGAGGAUCGGGGCUGUCACGUGGCUUCCCUUUCUGCCGUCCGCUUGCAUACAUACACGAUGACAGAAACCAGGAUUGCAGUUUGCAAGGCCCAAGGCGGUUGCCCCACAUGUCCCCUGCGACCAUCUCCUUUGUUAAUACUUGUAUUAGCAUUAUUGUUAAGGGUAAGUACAGCGUUGCUUUUAGUAUCGUUAGCACUCUUAUCUGUACCAUCUACACUGAUCUGCAGCCCUGCAGGAUUAGUUUUUUUAGGGUAGGGCUUGUAUUCAUGUGACGUGGCUGCUACAACGUUGCAUUCAGGACCUUGCUUGUAUUCUGACUUCUGUUACCGGGGGAAAAAGGGAUCACCUAUUCUCA